UUGGUUGACACACAUUCAUGAGCUGUUCGUGUAAGUCUGCAUAAAUAAUGUGUGUAUGAUCGUUUUAUUUACACAUUUAUAAUAACACGAGAAGAUAAAGCUGUGAGUUGGAAUUAGACAAAGAGUGACAGGAUCUCUGAUUCUUGUAAAAGAAUGAAGUUUCAGGUCGUUUUGGUUGCCGUAGUGCUGGUUGCUGUUGUUGCAGGCAAGAAAGGAUGUAAGUAUGACAAGGGACAGUGGGGACCAUGUGAUCAAUUGACCAAUGAAAUGAAGAGAACUAUGACACUCAAAGAGGCCAAGGAAGGUUGUGAGGCUACCAUGGAACAAACAAGGGAAUGUAAACAGAAAAGAGCAAAUUGUAAAUACACUAAAGGUAGUUGGGGGGAAUGUGAUACUACAACAAACAUGAGGUCAAGGAGCAUGACCCUACGCAGAGGUGACCCAGAGUGUGCUCAAACAUCAACACAGACUAUCUCAUGUGAGAAGUAUGAUCAGAUCUACAAAAUGAAGGACGAAAAGAAGAAAGCAAGAGAACUGAUGAAAGCUGAAAAAAGACUCAUUAAAGACAUGCAGAAGAAACUGAAAGAAUUACACAAAAUGGGAUGUACAUAUACUGAAGAGGUCAGCGAAUGUAACCAGGAAACACAGAAAGUGCGUAAAACCUUCACAUUCUCAGGUGAUAUCAAUACCUGUGUAAUGGAUCCCGUAGAAAUCUCAUGUACCAUGCAGGACAAAUUUAAUAAAAUCAAACAAAGGAAAGAGCAAUUAAAAUCAGAAAGGAAAAACAGAAAAAACAAAAAAGACAAAAAAAGGAAUCAUAAAAGAGGAGGAAGACAAGGUUAGAUGAACAAAUGUAUUUUGGGGAUCGUUGACAAAAUCGUGAAUUUUCUUAGCAAAAAAAAUCUGUAUAUAAAUUAUUGGAUAUUCUUUUCCAAUUUUCUUUCAAAUUGUCAGCACACAACACGAUCUAGUGUCCUUUGAAGCAUUCAAGAUCAUAUGAAAGCUACUUAAAUUCUAAGCAGUGACAACAAUACUUAAUUGGUACCAAUUGAAGCAAUCUAUUGAAGGAUGUUUUUAUUUUCCUUAGAAAAUUCACAAUUUUGAGUGGUUGUAAAUUGAUAUACUCACUUUUUCUGAAAUACAUUUAAAAAAAAGUGGGUGUGUCAGUUUUGUUAGUUGUUUCUAGUUGCAUCAUUUUUAUUUUUAGUAGAUGUUUUUUUCUAUUCUUGUUACAUUGUACAUAGCGUAGCAAUUUUUAAUUAACAUCAUACGAAGGGUUUUUCAGAAAUAUAACAAUUUGGAAAAUGGCAAACACACAUACAUUGGUUUUUUUAAACUAGCUUUUUUUUCUAUAGUUUUUGAACAUUUAUUGAAAUUAUUUUGUAAUUUGUACAGUAAUUUAAUAAAAUAAACAACUGAAAAAUCCUAAAAUAAAAGUUUUUGAUAGAAAAUUGUUCUAUAUUCAUUGCAUUUGUAAUCUUGAAAAUGAAAAUAAAUUCAAAUUUUCUGAAUUUACAAUUUUUUUACACACAUGUGUUAAUGUCAAUUGUUUUGUACAUUUAUUUAUACUUUAAUGUUAUACAAUCUACACAUAAUUUAAAAAAAAUCUUUUUUAUCAUUUUUUUAUAUUAAAAAUCACGAAAAAUAUCCACCGAUUUUUCUUUGUAUUCCUCACUUUUGAGGCAUUUCCAUCAAUUACCAAUGUCUAACACCUUGUUCUUUUAUGCAUAAAACGACAUCAUGCAGAUUUAAAAUUGACCCCCUGGGACAAAUAAGAUCAUAAUAAAGUCUCCAUUAUUGUCAAACUGCCAUUGAUUUUAACAGUAUUAGGUUGUAUAUCAUGUAUAUCAUCUAGUCAAAAUUGCUCUGAUGUGUCCGACCUUUUGUGAAAACUGGUAGGGCCCAUCAUGGUGCAGCAAAUGUAUGCUUCUCCUUACAGAAGGUGUUUAACGACUAUUACUAUCCAUAAGGCUACAGGGUUGGAGCAAAUAUAUUUAAACUAUUUUAUGAAGUUUAAAAUGUGUUCCAUUAAAAUAAGGGUUGAAGUUAUAUCAUGCGUUUUAAUUAAAAGGAAAAUUUCAUGGCAGUAAACAUUUUGUAUUAAUUGACUGGUUUAACAAUUGAUUACCGUUGUGUUAUGCAUGGCUAUGGCUAAUGCAUGACGUAGUCUGAGACUAGAUGAACAAAUAAAUAAAGAUCAUAUUGAGCUUAAAUCAAGUCCUGCUGUUUUUUUAAACAUGCUUUAUUUUGAUUUCGAGGAUUAAUUUAGGUAGUUAUUUUGAAGAAGAAAUAUACACACCCUUUUCCUCCCAAGUGUGUAAUAAAAUUUUUUCAUCGUUCAGAUCUUCGUUAAACUUUUAGGAAUACUACCUUCAUUGAGCCUCAGUUACUUUAUUGACUGGUUCCUUGUUCUGAAUAACUUUUCUAUGUUUACAUCUAUUUAAAAAAAAUACCAGUCAAAUUUGAAAGAGAAAUUGUUUCAUUGCAAGAAAUAAUACAAAUACCUUACGGCUAAGGCUAAUAAAAAAGUUCAGGAGUGACAAGGUUAGGAUUUUUUGUAAAACACCCCAGUCUUUUGAAAGAAAGUUGCCGUUUUGCACAGAAUAUGUCCAUGCCAGAUAAUCAACAUUUUAAGGCCCCUGAAGCAUUAAAAAAUCAAAAUCUUGAACAAUGUGAGAUACAAGCUGGCUUCUUUAUUUGGUAGAUUUCAAUUAAAGCAUUUUUUUUUAUUUUUUGACUUGGAACUCAAACAAUCAUAUAAGUGUAUAACAAUAACAUCUUUUCAUCAACACAUACAUGUCAGUUUUUAUAACUUGUAUAAUUGCUGUUGUUAUAUAUUGUUAUAUCAUAUUUGUCACAUGUAAACAUUGUAUGAAUUGUUUAUUAAAUCAGUCAAUAAAGUAACUCAUUUUAA